UGCCCUAGAACAACAAACAACCACGAGAGCGAAAGAGCGAGAAAGCUAGAGAGAGAGAGAGAGAGCGACGAUGGCGUCCUUCGCUGAAGCUCCACCAGGCGAUGCCAAGGUCGGGGAGAAGAUCUUCAAGACGAAGUGCGCCCAGUGCCACACCGUCGAGAAAGGCGCCGGCCACAAGCAAGGGCCCAAUCUAAAUGGACUGUUCGGUAGGCAGUCCGGCACGACUCCGGGAUACUCUUAUUCCACUGCGAAUAAGAACAUGGCUGUCAACUGGGAGGAGAAGACAUUGUACGACUACUUACUAAACCCCAAGAAGUACAUUCCCGGAACUAAGAUGGUUUUCCCUGGACUGAAGAAGCCCCAGGAACGCGCUGACCUGAUUGCGUUUUUGAAGCAGUCAACUGCGUCUUAAGCGACUCAAUGGCAUCCCCUGUUCCAUUUGAUUAAAUAUUGAGAUUCCCGUUCAGCCACAGAGAGAAUGAGGCGUUAUUCUUUUCCCUAAUAAAGUAGACACUAUGUAGGUCUUUGCAAACUCUUGGCUUGGCGAGCAUCGCCGAGGUGCAUUUUGUUGUUUGCUGCGAACAGCCAAUUGAACCAUAUACUCCUGAAAACCAGGAAUUUUUCAAGGUUUUAUUAUAAA